AUUUAAUAUUUCAAUUGAGUUAAAUCUUGUUCUUCAGAUAGAUAAAUACAUUUAAUAUCAACAAAAACAAACAAACGUUUAAUUGACUCCGAUGCUAUGUUACGUGCUAGAGGAUUAUAACCUACAUAAAUUUAUAUGCAAUGAGAACACGUGGGAACAAUGUUUCUCUAGUGCGCUUGUAGUUAAUAUUUGGCCAUAUUUGUCGCUGAAGUCUUAUAUGCUAAGGACAAAAGGCGUGAUAUAGAAGAAAAUGAAUCUACAAAAACGAAAACUAUUAAAGAAAUGGACUAUAAUUUUUUGGAUUCUAUAUCUAAUAGUACAUGUAUUGACAAAGUAAAUAAUAGUAAAUGCAACACUAGUAAUCAGAAGGCAAAUAAUAGUGAAAAUAUUGACGAACUUUUUGGUGACAAUAUUGAUUCUUCAGAUGAUGAAGACAAACGUUAUUUUGAAAAACAAAAGUAUUCUGAAUAUGGACGUAAUGUAAAACUUUUAUUAAAGAAAGAUGAAGUAAAAAAGAAAGAUAUUUCUGCAACAUAUGAAAGAGAUAGUAGAUCACUUUCUGUUAAAAGUAUUAUAUCGAACAAUAAUGUUAAAAAUUUAUCACCCGUGCAAAAUAAUGUGUACAAUGAUCCUUUUUUUGGAAUAAGAAUUGUUAAUCCACUUAUAUCUUCUAAACAAAUGAGAGAACAAAUGAACGGUAAAUCAGCUAUAACAAUCUCAAAAAUUAAAACAUGUAUAGCAUCAGGUACAUUGUCUAAUGAUUGGGUAAUAGCUGGAGUAUUAAUUAACAAAUCACCUACUAAAACUUCACAAAAAGGCUCAUCAUAUAGUAUAUGGAAAAUUAGUGAUUUAUCUGAAAACAUGACUACAGUUUCUAUUUUUUUAUUUAGUGCUGCUUAUAAAACAUUUUGGAAAACUACUCUUGGUACUGUAAUUGGUAUUCUAAAUCCAAAUAUUCUAGAAUCUAAGGAUUACAUUGAUCAGGCAACAUUGUCUAUUGAUACUCCUCAAAAAAUGUUGAUCAUUGGAAAAUCAAAAGAUAUGGGAAAAUGCAAAUCAACAAAGAAAAAUGGAGAACCAUGUACUUCUAUUGUAAAUAUUAACCGAUGUGAAUUCUGUAUAUAUCAUGUCAAACAAGAAUAUAAAAAAUGUUCUAAACGAGCAGAUUUAGGAUCAAAUAAUAAUAGUGUUCGUGGAUUUUCAUCAGAUUUUCCUAAAAGUAAAUCUCAACAAACAUCACGAAUUUUUAAUAGUAAUGGUAUGCAACCAUUUGUUCCAAUUCGUGCACAGGAAAGUGACAGAUUACGUACACAUGAUCAAAAACGUUUAGCUCUUCUUUCUGAAACACAUUAUGAUAGAUCUAAAUCUAUUGAAAAUAACAAAGAAAUAAAAAAAGGAAUCAUUUCUGUAGAAUUACAACAUAAUCAAAUAGCAAAAGAUCAUGAAAGAAUAAAUAAAUUAAAAGUUUGGAAUAGUAAUAAACAAUUAAAAAUGGAAUUAGUACCAUCAUCUUCACAAUCUACAAGUACUGGAAAUAAAAAUCUUAUUGUUACAGAAAAUAAAGAAAAGAAAAUGAUAAAUACAGGAAUAUCUUUAUUAUCAACGCCACGUUUAGGUAUAGGUUGCAAUAAUGGUAAAAUUGAUUUUUCUCAACCUAUUACUAAGAGACAAAUUGAUAUUGCAAAAAGAAAUGCUAUUAAAUGGGUUCAACAAAAUGGUAUAAUUAAGCCUAAAGAUCCAAAUAAAAUAAGUUUGGAAAAGAACGAAAAAAGGGGUACCAAACGUACAAGGGAAAUUAAUGAACACAUAGAAGAAACACAAGAAUCAAAAAAGUCUAAUUCUUUACCAAAUAAUUUUAAGGAAUUAAUGGAAACUAAAUCUGUGCAUGUAGAUCUCAUAGAAAAAUCAUAUGAAGAAGAAAAAGAAAAAUAUUUCAAUAAAUUGGAAAUGAAGGAAAAAAUGGAAAAAAAGAUGUUAUCAACCUUUAAAAUAGAGUGCAAAGCUGUAAUAUGUUUAAUAUGUAAAUACACUGCAUUUUCAAGUUCAGACUUUUGUAAAAAACAAAAACAUCCAAUUCGUGUAAUAAAUGCUAUUAAGAGAUUCUUUAAAUGUUCAGAUUGUGGUAACAGAACAGUUAGUCUUGAAAAACUACCUCUGCAUAGUUGCACAAAAUGUAACAGUUCAAACUGGUUACAAGCUGCAAUGAUGGAUGAAAGAAAAACUAAUAUUAUUACAACAAAUUUAUCUGUGCGUGGUGGUGAAGAAAAGUUCUUAGGAUCAUCAUUGACAAAUGCUGAUUUAAAUCUCUUAGUCCCAAAAACAAAUUAGUAGAUAUAAACUCUAAAAAUUAAAAUCUAUAAAUUAAAAUCAAUAGA